AUGGUAAUUGAAAAGAAUGAUCGAUAUAUUCUAGACACUUUCUACAUUGUAAAAGGUAAUCAUGGUGCAUUAUUAGGUUUCGAUACAGCAAACAAACUUGGUGUGAUUCAUGUAGUAAACACAGUUGAAGACAGAGAGAAGAAAUAUCCUGGUCUAUUUACAGGAAUAGGCAAACUGAAGAAUUGUACAGUAAAGCUGCACAUUGACAAAUCUGUGAAGCCUCUCGCUCAACGACAAAGAAGAACACCAUUUUAUCUGCGUGCCAAAGUAGAACAAGAAUUAGAUAAACUACUGAAAGAAGACAUUAUUGAAAAGGAAGAAAGGGAACCAACACCCUGGAUUUCUCCAAUUGUGACACCUCUAAAGAAAAACACAGAUGAAAUUCGAUUAUGUAUUGACAUGCGCGAGGCCAAUAAAGCUAUACAGCGUGAACGCCAUCUUCUUCCGACAAUCGAUGAGCUGAUUAAUGACUUGAAUGGCUCGACAGUCUACAGUAAACUUGAUUUACGUGCAGGAUACCAUCAGCUGGUCCUUGACCCCGAGUCUAGAUACAUAACCGCGUUCAAUACUCAUGUUGGAGUUUUCAGAUACAAACGUCUGAAUUUUGGAAUAUGUUCUGCGUCUGAAAUUUUCCAAAAUACAAUACGCAAUGUCAUACAAGGUAUACAUGGAUCGAAGAACAUUUCUGAUGACAUUAUAAUAUAUGGAAAGACACAAACUGAACAUGACAAAGCGCUCGAACAAGUAUUUCAGCAAAUACAUGAAAACGGUCUAACACUGAAUGAAAAAAAAUGUGAAUACAAUAAAAAAUCAAUCACAUUUUUUGGUGUUGUCUUUAGUGGUGAAGGCAUAUCUGCUGAUCCUAAGAAAGUCAAGGCUAUACAGGAAAUGACACUGCCACAGAACGUUAGUGAACUUAAAAGUUUCCUUGGUAUGACCAGCUACUGUUCGCGUUUCAUACGAAAUUAUGCUAACAUCACUGAACCCCUUAGAAAGCUGACAAAGAAAGAUGCAGAGUGGAAAUGGGACAAAAGUGAACAAAAUGCCUUUGAAAUGCUCCAAAAGGAACUGUCUAGUGAAACUGUCAUGUGUUUCUACGAUCCAAGGGAAGAAACUCAGAUUAUGACGGAUGCAAGCCCUGUUGGUUUAUCUGCCAUAAUGACACAAAAUGACAAAAUAGUCGCAUACGCGAGCCGAGCUUUGACCGACACAGAAAGUCGCUAUAGUCAGACAGAGCGAGAAGCGUUGGCUGUGGUAUGGGCAUGCGAACACUUUGAAAUAUAUCUGCGUGGUGCUCCACAUUUUACAGUAUUCAGUGAUCACAAACCACUAGAGAAAAUAUGGCAGAAACCAAGACCGCCAUUGCGUAUAGAAAGGUGGGGCCUACGCUUACAACCAUAUAAAAUGACCGUGAAAUACAAACCAGGGAAAGACAACCCUUCAGAUUACAUGUCACGUCACCCAAAUAACUCUGAAAAUGAAAAACCUAAGCUAAAUGCUGCUGAAGAGUAUGUUAGAUUCAUUGCUGAAAGUGCAGUGCUCAAUGCUAUGACUCUUGACGAAGUAAAGUUAGCCACAACACAAGAUAAGACAAUGAUGAAAGCCAUUGAAUAUACCAAAUAUGGCAAGUGGCACAACAUAAAGACAAUAGAAAACCCAGAAAUAAGUCUUGAAGAGCUAACAUCACUUAGAAGUGUCAAAGAUGAGUUGACUGUACAUGGUAAAACAAUCCUUCUAAGAGACAGAAGAAUUGUGUUACCAGCGUCCCUCCGCCAACGUGCCAUACACAUCGCGCAUGAAGGUCAUCAAGGGACAACCAGGACAAAAGCAUUUCUUAGAUCAAAAGUCUGGUUUCCAAACAUGAAUGAAAUGGUAAAAGACAUUGUAAAGGGUUGUAUAGCAUGCUUGGCUACAACAAAAGAAAGAAACCGUAAUGAGCCCCUGAAGAUGUCUGAAUUACCUUCCGGUCCAUGGCAGAAUCUAAGCGCAGACUUUUGCCGACCAUUACCAAGCGGAGAGUAUCUAUUUGUGAUAACCGAUGAAUAUUCAAGAUAUCCGAUAGUGGAAAUAGUGAAAUCGGUUUCCGCGAACCGAGUAAUACCUGUAUUGGACAAAACAUUCGCUGAAUUUGGUAUAGUCAAGACUAUCAAGACCGACAAUGGAAGUUCAUUCAAUUCGGAUGCAUUCAAACAAUUUGCUACUUACUGUGGAUUCACACAUCGACGCAUUACUCCACGAUGGCCGAAAGCUAAUUCUCAAGCAGAAGCAUUUAAUAAGCCACUUAUGAAGAUUGUGAGAGCAGCACAUGUUGAAGGCGAGAAUUGGAAGCAAGAACUGUUAAAAUUUCUGAGACAAUACAGGGCAACUCCACACACUGUGUCUGGUUUCACACCAUACCGAUUGAUGUUCCAGAGAGAACCGAACACAAAGUUGCCUAAAGUUUAUGAAAAUAGUUCAGAACCGAAAGUAGAUGAAGUAGUGAGACAACGUGAUGAACGAUCAAAGUCAGAAAGUAAAUCAUACAGCGACACAAGACACAAUGCUGUUAAGUACAAUAUCAACGUUGGUGAUAAAGUACUUCUAGAAAAUGAGAACAAAACAAAAUUAUCACCGAAGUAUAUACCAUCUCCAUAUACAGUAAAAGGGAAGAAAGGAGCUAUGAUAACAGCUGAAAAUGAAAACCACGAAGUUACACGAAAUAGUUCACGAUUCAAGAAGGUCAGAUCUGGACUGAACUAUAACCAAACAAAUGAUAACAAAAUCACUGAAGAUGAACUGGUCAAUGAAAAUCCUCCAGAAAUGCAACCGACAAAUCCGAAAUACCCGUUGAAAUCCAUUCAUCAACACCAGCAGAUUCUACGGAGCGCGAAAGACCCGCGAGAGUCAGACGCGAACCUACAUAUCUGA